AUGACGAUGGCGGCGCGCGGUACCUUCCUCCAGCCAGUGCUUGUACCCAUAAACAGCUGCUAUGUGAAUCUUCCACUUACAUUCGUGCAGACCUUCUUGGGCGGCACAAAGCUCGUGAGGGACGGGUCGACGAUUCUAGAGCUUUCGUGGGACACAAUAGACGGAGAUGUUCAACGCGUGUGCGUUGGAUGGAUUGGCGGAAUUGUGAAGACUCGUGCAUUGCUCAGCAACGUGAUUGAAGUACCGAUCAAAUUCGCUCGCUGGUUGGGGAUUCAAGAUCAUUUGGAAAAAAUGCCACAGUCACUUGUUGGAGUGCAUGUGGUCGAAGCAGUGCCAAUUGCUCGGCAGAUGAGUGUAGAGCCUUGUACGCCUGAUGACUGGGAGUUGAUUCAACUGCAUGCAGGGAAAAUUGAGACGGAGCUGCUUCGUCAGAUGUGCGUGGUCAACGAUAAACAAGUGAUCCCGAUUUGGGUUAGCCAAAACGCAUUGAUUUGUAUCAGGGCAUCUCUCCCGGAUGGAAUAGAAUAUGCUCGGUUAACUCCCGCCUCGGAGGUUAUUGUAGCACCGAAAGAGCGUCGAAGUCCGACAACAUCGAACGGAUUGAGCCCUGACCUGUACUAUGAGCCAUCGCCGCCGUUGGUUAUCCAGGGUGAUUUAGGCACACUGCAAAACAAUACGUCGGACGAAGUAUGGGUUCAUCCAGAAAGCCUAGCGGCGCUUGAUGGCGCAAUAGUUCCAGGGACAUCUUCAGACGCGCAAGAAGCUCCUAUCGUGACUCUAUGGAGCUCGGCAUCGAAGCCGACGACAGAAAAUAACUCGCUGACCGAAACUGUCAGAGAGCAACGUAAUUGUUGCGUUGCGAGACUGAAGGCCGCUUGUUGCGUUGUACGGGGUCAUGUCCUUCCUAGUCGAUCGGUAUUGGCUACUUUGGGUAUCGGGACGCACAAGUCGAUCUAUCUUCGCGUUUUGAAGCAUUCAGCGCUGCCUCCUUCUUCAGUAUUGCUAUUGACGAACCUAGAAGGCCUUGAUGACGGUGCACUGGCUUGCCAAGUUCAGCAGUCAUUUUUGCAUUGGAGCAGCUUGACUGAACAAAGCCACGUUGUUAGCUCAGGAAGAAUCCUUUGUCUUGAACUGGAACCCGAGAAAUUUGUUCAAGUAAUUGCAGACGUGCAAUACGAUACUGAUGAAGUAUUUAGUGCAGAGCAACAACAAGAUGUUCCUGUUGGCGCUCUAGAAAAGUACACUGUACUUGGUGGAAGCAAAGGUGGGCACAUCUUGUCGCUGGGCCAAGUAACGGUGCAAAGUGCAGUUGGGAUCCAGAAGCGAGUGCUAACAGAACUGCACGCCGAGGGUUCGUCGACUCGCACAUUCAACCUAGCGAUCUUGGAGCUAUUGCGCAAAGCAAAACCCUAUGCUGCGUUGAUGAAAGCAGUGCGCCCUGUUUUGUCUCAAGACGCAUCAGCAGCACGAGUUGUGCUGGGAACGAAACCGCCCGGGUCUGCCUUGGUCUGUGGUGAUCGAGGUAGUGGAAAGUCGACCCUUUUGCGCGCUUUAGCGCACGAGGUCCGGACUAGUUUUGAGUAUGCUGCAUUCGCAACAACUGUCGACUGCCGGGACUUACGGGGACUGAAAAUGGAGAUUGUAAAAUUACGGCUGAGCGCUUUGUUUGAAGAGGCAGCAGCUCACGCUCCUGCCCUCAUCGCCUUGGACAACUUGGACGCGCUUGUGCCUGAAGAAGAUGAGUCCGCAGGUGCGGCCAAUGAGCAGUCGCGGCGGAUUGCUGAGAUGCUGCUGGAUUUGAUGCGUCAGAAUAGCCAGCGCAUGCAUAAGGCUGCAGUUGGAUUACGCGCGUCCUUCAAGCGAGAGUGUGAGGUCAUUGAGGGCUGCCCUGAGAUACAGAAACGUUCUGCUCGAAUAAAACUGCUUGCGGUGGUUGGUAACGCCAUGCAGAGCCAGAGUGUGGCUGUCGUUGCAGCUUCUCGGUCCGACAUGAGCGUCCACAAAAUUAUUCGCGGCUGUGGGCUUUUUGAUCGCUCUAUUCAAGUGACUGCGCCGGAUACAGAGCGGCGCGAAACUCUGAUUCAAGAAAUGCUGGAAAUGAAAGUGAAAGACGUGAACUUGACUGCAAACGGAUCGGAGGAAUCACGGCGACUUGUCAUCGACCCGGCCAUUGAUUUCGGUCAUCUCUCAUCCUUGAUGGAAGGCUAUAGUCUUCGUGACAUGUCAAGCGCCACUGAUCGUGCAUUGCAUCGAACGUUUCAUCGCCACGCUCUCGCACAAUCAUCACGCGAUUGUCGAGUCCCUCUCAACGUAGAGCAGCGCGAUUUUGAGGAAGGGAUCGUGGAUUUCCAGCCGACAGGGCUGAUUGGCGUGGACCUUUCAAGAGCUCCAUCACAUGGGCAGCUGUUGGAGGACUUCAACACGUACGAACAGUGCUGA